AUGGCAAAUUCAACGUUCCCGCUUCUAAAACUACCGUAUCUGGGACAAAAACAUGUUGUGUCGAUUAUGACAACUAGUGAGAGAAUCCGCUACUCCCUUCUCUCCAAAAAUGUCAAGGAGCUCAUAAAAACUCUCCGUUUGAAAGCAGCCUACAUUCAACUCACCUUCGAUGACAACACAGUUACAGUACACUCGAGUUACGAAGACCGAUUGAAAGAAUGGUUGGUUCCGGCGGAAAAUGAACAUGUCGAGCGUCUUCUAUCGAUCUCCCCAGAUAUUGUCAAAUCUAUUGAUAAGGAGGCAAAAGAUAUAAAUAUUGUUGUGAAAAAACCGGAAUUCAAAACUAUCCGAGAUUGGUUGGACCAUAUAUCUGAUGCUCUUAAAUGCAGAAAACUCAAGAUAAUCUUUGAUGGUCAUGCGUACUACAAACCACCUAUUGAAAUUUCUGACCUACUACAAGGCUACAAUAUAUCUAGUGUCUCCUGCACAAUAUGCGAUCCUCCCCUCACAGGAGACAUAAUGGAGGCGUUUCCAGAAGUGAGAGAGUGGGAAUUGGAAGCUCAUCCAUUUGAGGGCGAUCAAAAAGAGCGAUUUUUGUCUCGAAGUCUUGAUUUCUUCCAACCGCUAAGUCGAUUUCAUAUCGGAAUCGAAAACCUCCUUCAAAUGGACUGCAAAGUGAUUCAUAUCGCCAGGGACAACGAAUUGACUGCACAACAAACGAAUCGUUUCCUUCGCCAUUGGAUUUCUUCAGGAACUAACCGGAAUCUGGAGUCAUUGUCGGCGCCGUUCAAAGAGUAUGAAGGUUACCAGCAGGAUCUUUUCAACGGAAUCCAGUAUUCAACGGUACCGGAAGAGCAGUGUAGAGCAUCCAAUGUGCCGAACUUGUCUGAAUUCUUUCCGGAUGUAUUCGUUGUUCAGUUCGAGAUUUGGAGACAGAGGGAUGGGAGAAAGGCGACAAUUCAGUUGGAGCAGAUAUAUGAUUUUAUUCAUUUUCGAAUGUAUGUUGCACAGUAA